AUGGAGGGAGAACCACAGAUCGAAGAGGUGACCGGCGUGGAGGAAGAGGAGGCCUCAGCUGCUCCAGUGUUGGAUGAAGAAAAAGUUGUGAUGGCAGGAGAAAAUAAAGAAGAAACUUUGGAGGAGACGAUCGUGACCACGACUGUCUACGCGACUACGAGAAGGACGGACGUGGAGGAGAAGGAGGAAGCUGAAAGCGACAAAGCCACAGAGGAGGACGAGGAGAUAAGAACGGAGAAGGAAGAUGAUGACGAGGAGAUAAGAACGGAGGAAGGAGAUGAAGAGAGUGACGGAGACGAGGAGACGAAAGCAAAGAGGCUGUUGGAGGCCUGGGAGUCGGAGGCCUCCUCUGAUGUGAAGCCUCCGCUACCAGACCCGGCGUUCAACAGGAGAUGCAGUUUGCUCGCCAGCGACGUCAGAUAUAAGGAGGACUUUGAGAAGAUGAAAGGUCAGAGUCUGUUUGUUCCCGGAGCCGAACUCAUCCACUCCAAGAACAUCAGCGCCGUCAUAUCUGAGUCCAAGUACAAGGAGGAGGGGAAGAAGGAGGCGUCGCUGUCGCUGUACUCCAUCCUGGCCGAGACGCCGGAGAUCCAGCGGGCCAGAGAGGCUUCGGAGCUGCAAAGCGACGUUAAAUAUAAAGGAAACGUGAAGACGGAGAUUUCCUCCUCACUUUACUCUCUGCUGCCCGAAACCACAGAGACGCAGUUCGUCAAAGAGCUGACGGAGAUGCUGAGCGAGAGUAAAUACAAGGAGGGCAGCAGGAGGAGCCUCUCGCAGAGUUUCUACUCCCAGCUCCCGGAAACCGCCGAGACUCAGUUCGCGAAAAACGUCGCCGAGCUGCAGAGCGAGAUGCGGUACAAAGAGUCGGGCAAGAAAGGCGUGAACUCGUGUUUGUACUCUCUUCUCCCGGAAACUCUAGAGACGGCUCAUGCCAAGGAAGUCUCAGAGCUCCUCAGUGAGGUCAAGUACAAGGAGGACGGUAAGAAGGAGAUGAGCAUCAACCUGUACUCUCUGCUGCCCGAAACCAUCCACACCCAGCACGCUAAAGAGGUGUCCAGCCUGCAGAGUGAGAACAAGUACAAGGAGGAAGGCAGGAAGGAGAUGAGCAGCAGUUUGUACUCUCAGCUCGCCGAAACCACCGAAACGCAGCUGGCCAAGAGCGUCCACGAGUUCCAGAGCGAGAAAAAGUACAAAGAAGAGGGGAAGAGAAAGGCCUCCGUGUCGCUGUACUCGCAGCUUCCGGACACUCCAGAAAUACAGCACGCUCUGGAGGUGUCGCAGCUGCAGAGUGAGGUGAAGUAUAAAGAAGGCCUGAAGCAGAAGAUCCAGAGCAGUUUGUACCAUCAGCUCCCUGAAACCACAGAAACACAGCUGGCCAAACAGCUGACUGAGCUGCAGAGCGAGACAAAGUACAAAGAAGCUGGAAAGAAGGAGGUGAACAGCUGCCUCUACUCUCUGCUGCCGGAAACUCUGGAGACACAACACGCCAAAGAAACCUCAGAGCUGCUCAGCGAGAUCAAGUACAAGGAGAGCGGGAAGAAGGAGAUGUCCAGCUCGCUGUACUCCACGCUGCCCAACACCUCAGAAACCAGCUUCGCCAGGGAGAUGAGCGACAUGCUGAGUGAGAGCAAAUACAAAGAAGACGGGAUGAAGAGUCGCUCUCAGAGUAUCUACAGUCAGAUGCCGGAAACCGCUGAGAUGCAGUUUGCUAAAAACGUCGCCGAGCUGCAGAGCGAGAUGAAGUACAAAAAGGGGAAGAAAGACGUGUCCAGCUCUCUGUACUCCACUCUGCCUGAAACUCUGGAGACGCUGCACGCGAAGGAGGCUUCGGAGCUGCAGAGCGAGUUGAAGUACAAGUCAGCCCUGAAGAAAGGACUUUCCUCCAGUUUGUUCCACCAGCUGCCCGAGACCAUAGAGACCGCCCACGCUAAGGAAGUCUCCGAGCUGCUCAGCGAGGUGAAGUAUAAAGAGGACGGUAAGAAGGAGCUGAACAUCAACUUGUACUCUCUGCUGCCGGAAACUAUCGACACUCGACAUGCGAAAGAGGUGUCGAACCUGCAGAGUGAGGUGAAGUAUAAGGAAGGUCUGAAGCAGAAGAUUCACAGCAGUUUGUACCAUCAGCUGGCAGAAACCACAGAGACACAGCUGGCCAAACAGCUGUCGGAGCUGCAGAGCGAGACCAAGUACAAGGAGGCGGGUAAGAAAGACGCGAGCAGCAGCCUGUACUCCGUCCUGCCUCACACCAUGGACACGCAGCACGCUAAGGAGGCUGCAGAGCUGCUCAGUCAGAUCAAGUACAAGGAAAGCGGUAAGAAGGAGAUGUCCAGCUCCCUGUACGCCGCUCUGCCCGACACCACGGAGAUCAGCUUCGCCAGAGAGAUGACCGACAUGCAGAGUGAGAACAAGUACAAGGAGGACGGCAGGAGGAAUCUCUCGCAGAGUUUUUACUCUCAGCUGCCAGAAACCGCCGAGACUCAGUUCGUUAAAACGGUUUCUGAGCUGCAGAGCGAGAUCAAGUACAAAGAAGCAGGAAAGAGAUCAGCGAUGAACUCUCUGUACUCGACUCUGCCGGAGACUCUGGAGACGCAACACGCUAAAGACGCCUCCCAGCUGCAGAGUCAGCUCAAGUACAAGAGUUCGAAGAGCGACGCCUCCAGUCUUUACCACCUGAUGCCAGAAACCAACGACACUCAGUUUGUCCGGCAGCAGACGGAGAUGCUCAGCGAGGUCAAGUACAAAGAAGACGGCAAGAAAGAGCAGAACGUGAACCUGUACUCCGUUCUGGCCGACACCAUCGACACGCAGCACGCCAAGGAGCUGACGCAGAUGCAGAGCGAGACUAAAUACAAAGAGGCCAGUAAGAAGCAGAAAUCCUCGUCUUUAUACCAUCGACUGCCCGAAACUCUGGAGACGCAACACGCUAAAGAGGCUUCACAGCUGCAGAGUCAGGUCUUGUACAAAGAGGCUGUGAAGAGGGAUUUGUCGUGUCCGGUUUACCACCAGCUACCAGACACGCUGGAAACCCAGUUCGCCCGAGAGAUCGGCGACAUGCAGAGUCAAAACAAGUACAAGGAGGACGGGAUGAAGAGCCUCUCUCAGAGUUUCUACUCUCAGCUGCCAGAAACCGCUGAAACCAAGUUUGCUAAAACUGUGUCUGAGCUGCAGAGUGAGACAAACUACAGGAAGUCGAGGAGGCAGGAGGCCGGCAGCUGUUUGUACUCUGUGAUGCCGGAAACUCUGGAAACUCAACACGCGAAGGAGGCGUCACAGAUCCAGAGCCAGGUGAAGUACAAGGAGGACGUCCAGAAGGAGCUUUCGUCCACUUUGUUCUCCAGCCUUCCUCAGACUCUCCAGACCGAACUGGCCAAGGAGGUGACGGAGCUCCAGAGUCAGGUGAAGUAUAAGGAGGCCUGUAAGAAGAACGAGGCGUCUCUCUACCACCUCCUGCCUGAAACAGCAGAGAUGCAUUUUGCCAAACAGAUGUCGGAGCUCCAGAGCGAGUUAAAGUACAAGAGGGACAAAGAGGACCUGCCCAACACUUUGUACUCGCUGCUGCCUGAAACUCUGGAGACUCAGUUUGUUAAAGAAAUGGCCGAGACGCACA